AUCGUCGCCCUGGAAGAGGUCGGUGAGGAGGACGAGGACCUCCCCGGUUUCGAGGCGAUCGACGAAGGCGAGGGGGACGACGAUUUCGGCGGCGGUUUCGACGCCGGCGGCUUCGGGACCGAGGCGGCCGCCGCCCCGGUCGCGGUCGGCUCUUCCCAAGAGGUUCCGUUCCCGGGCUGGGUGCUCGGCAUGUUGAUCGCCGGCUUCUUCUCGAUGCUGCUGGCCGGCGUCAUGGCGAUGGACCUGAUGCAGACCAUGUGGUCCUGGGACGAGCCCUUCGCGUUCAGCAGCGGCCUCAUGGAAGGUGUGACGUGGGCCACGGUGUGCGGCGGUUUGCCGCGCCUCGGCGUCCGCGAUACGGGUAGGCCGCGCUCCCCGCGGGGCCGUAAGAUAGGGGGCUCGCUGCCAGAACGUCUGGCGGCGCCAAUCUCCGCCACCGGUCCCAAAAAGCCCGUGCUCUUCACCCGCCGAGCGGCCCCCGUGGUCGCGCUCGCCCUGUGUAUUGUCGCCCUUGCUGGGUGCCGUCCCGAGGAAGAGGUCCGCACCUACCGGAUCGCCAAGCCCGCCGACGCGCCGAGCGCCGCGAGCGAGACGCCGCAACCCAUUGCUCCCGAAACCGCCGCUAAGCCGCCGAGCGGCGAGCCGACGGAUCGGAUGAUCGGGUCGAUCGUGCCCGGGCCGAGCCAGGCGUGGUUCUUCAAGGCCGUCGGUCCGAAGGCGGCGAUCGACGACGCGGCGGACGCCGUCACCGCGUUCCUCGCCUCGGUGCGGUUCGAUGGCGACAAGCCGAAGUGGGAGACGCCCGAGGGCUGGACCGAGGAGGAGGCCGGCGGCAUGCGGCUGGCGACGCUCAAGGUCCCGGCGGAAGAAGGGACCGAGUCGAUCGAAAUGAGCGUCAUUGGUCUGCCGCUCGUCGGCGACUGGGACGCGCAGGUGCUCGACAACGCCAACCGCUGGCGGAAGCAGCUGCAACAGCCGCCGCUCGCCGCCGAGGCCAUUGGGGACGAGCUGAAGCCCCUCGCCGACGUGGCCGAGGGCGCGGUGCUGUUCGACACGGUCGGCUGGUUCGACGGCGGCACGAUGGCCCCCUUCGCCGGCGGCGCCGCGCCAUUUGCGAACGCGACGCCACCCGCGGCGCCGGCCGCGCCCGCUGCUGAGCAGCGCGAGAUGAAGUACCAGUCGGAGUUGCAAUCGACGACGCCCGACGGUUGGACCGAAGAGCCCGGCAGCGCGAUGCGCAAGGCGUCGCUCCGCACGCCCGGCGGCGCGGUGCUGACGGGCUUCGCGUUUCCGCUCACCGGCGCGAUGGGCGACCGCUUGGAGAACGUCAACCGUUGGCGCGGCGAGAUCGGGCUCGAGCCCACGACCGCCGAAGAGCUCGAGGCCCAGACCGAAGAAAUGAAACUGCUCGGCAGUGACGGCGCGUACUUCGAGAUGGUCGGCAAGACGGAGACGACGCACGCCGCGAUGGUCGAGCGCGAAGGCCAGGUCUGGUUCUUCAAGCUCCGCGGUCCCGUCGAAGAGGUGGCGAACGAGCGCGACGCGUUCAAGAAGUGGCUUGAGUCGUUGUCGCUUGAAGGCGCCGAGAAAUAA